AUGCAUGUUUUUAACCUCACCCUUUUUUCUCUAUGUGGGCUGCUACUGAUCCACGUCAGCACGGUAUUAGGCGCCGUUGCACCUGCACCACUACCAGGCACUGACGGAAUUUGUUACACAUAUAUCGUUCAAGGCCAUGAUACGUGUACCUCCAUUGGCAAACAACACAGUAUUUCUGUGGCCGACAUCGAAGCCUUCAACAAGAACUCAUGGGCAUGGCUCGGUUGCGACAAGCCAUUGUACCAAGGUGCAUUCAUCUGUCUCAGCGCUGGCGCUGCUCCGAUGCCAGUUGCACUUCCACAGGCCACUUGUGGUCCCCAGGUGCCUGGAACAACACGCCCGAGCAACUUUGAUCUAGUUGGCACUCUUAAUCCAUGCCCGAACAAGGAAUGUUGUGCUCCAUGGGGAAUAUGCGGUACUACGCCGGAAUUUUGUAGUCCCUCGGACUAUACAUCACACACCACAUCCACACCGAGUCACGCAACUGGCAAGACAGUUACUCAAGCCGCUAAAAUAACACAAGCCACUACGAGAAAAUCUACAAGCACCACGAAAAAGACCAGCACCAUAAAGGCAACCACUACUUCCAAAUCAACCAGUACAAAGACAGCAUCAACAACAAAAAAAGCAGACAAGACGACAAAAGCCGCCGCUGCUACUGCAACAUACAAGGAGCCAUGGUCAGUCACACUUUUCGAACAGAAGGACUGCGUAGGAAACUACUAUCUCCUAGAAGGAUACAACUCAAAAUGGGAACAAAUGAACCCGACAAGAUGUCUGAAUCUCAACGGUGGCCUCAACAGUGACUCCAUGGGCACCGAAACAUUCUGCAAGUUCUACACCGAAGGAGGUUUGCAUUCGACUAAUUGCGACAAUGGAUCAUAA